UGACAUUGGUUUCGGCCAAUAGCAUGCAGCGUUUUCCCCAUAACGAGUGCGUGUCAGAAUCAAGUGCACUAGGACUGCUGAGGAUGUCUGACAAGGCAGAGUCUCCCACAGAAACGCAAAAAGAUGAGCCUUCAACCCCACAACAGCCUACGGAAGACUCGGGGAUGGCAGACGAUAAGAAAAAAAUUGACGUGUUGUUGAAGGCAGUAGGAGACACCCCCAUCAUGAAGACAAAGAAAUGGUCGGUAGAGAAAGGGAGGACAGUGCAAUCACUCUCUCAAUUCAUCUCUCGAUUCCUCAAGAUGGAGGCCAAUGAACAGCUGUUCAUUUACGUCAACCAGUCAUUCUCUCCCUCGCCUGAUCAGGAAGUAGGAGUCCUGUUUCAAUGUUUUGGCAGCGAUGGGAAGCUUGUUCUACAUUACUGUAAAUCUCAAGCCUGGGGUUAACAGUCUUUAGCCCUUUUCAGUUCAAACGCAUACACACACAAUAUUGUUUAUACUCCUUCCUUGCCUAAACCAAUGUUGUCAUUGCUAAUUUCUUGUUUGUUUUGCUGUACAUAACCCAAUGUAAAUAAAUUGUGACUAUAUAAAGUAAA